AUGCUGCCAUGUGAGUCUGCAGAGGGAGCCCCACUCAUCUUACUGGGACUGGUGACAAGUCCUGGUCAGUGGUUGCCUUUCUUUGUGCUAAUCUUGGUCCUGUAUGUGGCAGGCAUCCUGAGUAAUGGACUCACUGUGGCCACCAUGGCCAGUCCAGCCCUUCAUGCACAUUACUUCCUCCUGGCCCAUCUGUCCUUUGCUGGCCUCUGCUUUACCUCUAUCACUGUUCCAAUAUUGACCAAUUCGUUGGGUCACGCCUGCUCUACCUCCCUGGCUGGCUGCCUCACCCAGAUGUACUUCUUUUUUGCCCUGGGUGUAACUGAUGGCUGUCUUCUGGCUGCCAUCACCAAUGACCACUACGUGGCCAUCCAGCACCCCCUCACUAUGUGCACAGCCCUGGUGGGGACUGCAUGGCUGGUGUCCCACGUUCACUCCCUUAUGCAUGUCCUACAUGUGGCCCACCUAUCCUUCUGUGCCUUCCAUCAAAUGCUCCGCUUCUUCUGUGACCACCAGCCUCUCUUAAGGCUCUCACACUCUGACACCUGCCACAUCCAGCUGCUCAUCUUCACCGAGGGCGCUGCAGUGGUAGUCCCACCCUUCCUGCCCAUUCUGGCCUCCUAUGGGGCCAUCGCAGCUGUGCUGCUCCGGCUGCCCUCAGCCUCUGGGAGGCUCCGGGCUAUCUCCACUUGUGGCUCCCACCUGACCUUGGUGGGCCUCUUCUAUGGGGCAGUCAUUAUAGUAUACUUACAACCCACAUCCUGGUAUGAAGCAGAGCAGGGUCAUGUGGCCACUGUCAUGGACGCUGUCGUCACGCUCAUGCUAAACCCUGUCAUCUACAGCCUCCUGAAUUAUGAUGUUCAGGGAGCACUCCGAGCCCUUUCUACUGGGCGAAGCAUUUUGGCUGGUGACUCCUGA